CAAUAUGGCACUGAGUGUCGUUGUGUAAAACAUGUGGGGCAGGGAGGAUGCAGGUGGAGCCAUAUUGAGGAGGGAACUGAGAAGUUGAAGGAGCUGAAGUACACAUUACAGUCUGCCUUUCUGAAAUCCUAGCUUAACAUGAAAGAAAGAGAGUGAAAGGCUGGUUGGUCUAGGGGAUCUCAGGCUGAAGGGGUUUUUUGUUUUCUUUAUUUUUAAGAUGGAAGAGACUGAACAUGUUUACAAGCUGAGGGGAGGAGUCCCUGAAGGUGGAGAGAGGUUGAUGAAAGGUGAUCGCUGGCAACUGCUAGAGAAAUGAAACUGGAACUGCUCUGGCUGUGAAGAACUCCUCCAUUGGAAAGGAUUCUGAAAGAAAUGAAGAAAACCAUCAGAAAUGCAAUCGGUAGCUUCAUGGCCUUCUGUUGACUGGACUAGACUUUUCUUACCGCUGUUCCUUGGAAUGACACUGUACAGGAUGUCUGCUGAGGUCAUCCAUCAGGUGGAAGAAGCACUUGAUGAAGAUGAGAAGGAGCUGCUGCUUUUUCUGUGCCGAGACGUUGCUGCAGAUGUGGUUCCACUUAAUGUCAGGGACCUUCUGGAUGUUUUAAGCGAGAGAGGAAAGCUGUCUUCUGUGAGCUUGGCUGAGCUGCUUUACAGAGUAAGGCGGUUUGACUUGCUCAAGAGGGUCUUGAAGAUGGACAGACCGACAGCGGAGGCCCUCCUGCACAGGCACCCACAUCUUAUUUCGGACUAUAGGGUGCUGUUGAUGGAAAUUGGUGAGGGUUUGGAUAAAUCUGAUGUGUCCUCAUUAAUAUUCCUCAUGAGAGAUUAUAUGGGCCGAGGCAAGAUAGCCAAGGAUAAGAGUUUCUUGGAUCUUGUGAUUGAAUUGGAGAAGCUAAACCUGGUUGCUCCAGAUCACUUGGAUUUAUUAGAAAAAUGCCUAAGGAACAUCCACAGAAUAGACCUGAAGACAAAAAUCCAGAAAUACAAGCAGUCUGCUCAAGGAGUGGAAACAAAUUAUGUAAAUGCUCUCCAGGCAUCUCUGCCAAACUUGAGUAUUAAGGAUCCUUCCUAUAACCUAAGGUUCCAGAAUGGGAGGAGUAAAGAACACAGACUCAUGACGGGACAACCUGACAUUCAGAGAGAACCAGUGAAGACACCCAUUCAGGAAUCAGAAGCAUUUUUACCUCAGCACGUGCUGGAAGAGAGAUACAAGAUGCAGAGCAAGCCCCUGGGAAUCUGCCUGAUAAUUGAUUGCAUUGGCAAUGACACAGACAUUCUUGAGGAAACCUUCACUGCCCUGGGCUAUGAAGUCAAGCGUUUCUUAUAUCUCACUGUGGAAAAUAUAAUGCACAUUCUUGGCCAAGUUGCGCACAUGCCCCAACACCAAGACUACGACAGCUUCGUGUGUAUCCUGGUGAGCCGAGGGGGCUCCCAGAGCGUGUUUGGCGUGGAUCAGACUCACUCAGGGGUCCCUUUGGAUCAUAUCAGAAGGAUGUUCAUGGCAGAUGCAUGCCCCUCUCUCUCAGGGAAGCCAAAGGUCUUUUUUAUUCAGAACUAUGUGACGUCAGAGGGCCAGCUAGAGGACAGCAGCUUCCUGGAGGUGGAUAGGCCAUCAGUGAAAAGUGCAGAAUCCAAGGCCAGGCAGCCCGGGGCCUGCGUGAUUCACCGAGAAGCUGACUUCUUCUGGAGCCUGUGCAAAGCGGACGUGUCCCUGCUGGAGCGGUCCUCCCCUUCACCGUCACUGUACCUGAAGUGCCUCUCCCAGAAGCUGGGGAAAGAAAGAAAACACUCACUCCUGGAACUCCACAUUGAACUCAACAGCAAGGUGUAUGAUUGGAACAGCAGAGUGUCUGCUAAGGAGAGAGCACAGGCUCCGGACGCACAGACUCAGCGUCCACGGCUCAUGGGCCCAGCCGCUCCGCGGCAUGUGGGAUCUUCCCGGACCGGGGCACGAACACGUGUCCCCUGCAUCGGCAGGUGGACUCUCAACCACUGCGCCACCAGAGAAGCCCGGAAAGUCAGUGAUUUUGAAUAAACACAUCGGUAUUCUUUGUUUCAUUUUAUACAGAGCACAUAUUAUUGUAACUUUAAAAUGUAAAAUAAAAAUUACUUAUUGUUAAAAAUGUU